AGAUGGUUCGCUGCUUGUGGGAAAUGCUGAAGCUAGACAGAAGGAGGGAUGAGACAAACAUCUUCGUCUUCCAGGCCAAGUCAGCUAACCCAAGCUUGGACGACUCGUGGGAUGCUCUUGGGUAUACCUUUGGGACACUUGGGAGAGGGGGCGGACUGGACAGGAUGCCGCGGGGGUACCAUCAAGGGAUGAUUCGGAUGAGGAUAGACGACAUGCUUACCCUCUUUCUCUCCUCUGAGUCGCCAUAUCUACAAGGGCUUCACCAGGACCAGAGCUUUCCUCCUGCCCCGCAGAGCCGGCAGCAGCUCAUCGAGGGGGUCUGCGAGCCUCCGGAGGAAGCCUUCCGCAAGAGCUCGGGGGGUUGGAGGGUGGGGAACGGCAGCAAGACCUGCGAGGAGAUCUGCUUGAGCUCCAAGAAAACUUGUUCUGCUGGUGGGAUGUGGAUGUCACUCGCAUGGCCAGACUGUCAGUUCCUGGACAAGUUGAUGCGUGCCAAGGGGAUGAGAGAAGGUUGUUCCCAAGGCUGCGAACCAGACGUACAAGGGCUGCACACUCCCGUCUUUGACCUUUCGGACUCCGUCUGCCGCCUCCCUCAACCAGUUUUCAUGAGCUGCAGGAGACUUGACUCCUUCACCAACAGCCACAAGUUCUGCCCAUGCAAGUGAUCGGUAGAGCUCGCCGAGCUAGUUUUAACUGUAGCGUAGAGCAGACUUCACAUACAAGCCACGAUUCACUG